AUGCCCACAGCAGUAAUCACAGGCGCAAACUCCGGCAUCGGAAAUGCCCCUGCCAAAAUCCUCAUCAGAGAGGACUACAAAGUAAUAGCGGUAGACAAAAAUCUCGGCCCGGUCAUCAAAUCUCUAAACUGCUCUAUCCACCAACUCGAUAUCUCUUCGCCGGACUCCAUAACCUCUUUCGCUCAAUCCAUCACACAUGACACACCUAUCGAUCUCCUCCUUCAUGUCGCAGGCGUCAUGUCCCCACCCUCCUCAGACAGCCUCACAACAGUUUCUCUCUCCACCCUCCAGAACACCUUCUCCGUAAACACCUUCGGCCCGAUCCUACUAACACAAGCCCUGCUUCCCAAUCUCCGCAAGUCCUCAUCCCCAAAACUUGCCGUGGUAUCAAGUCGCGUAGGUAGCAUGGCGGAUAACAGCUCCGGUGGCCAAUACGCAUACCGCGCGAGUAAAGCGGCCGCAAAUAGCCUUUUCAAGAGCGCGAGUGUGGAUCUGAAAGACGAGGGUGUGGCGGUACUUUUGUUGCACCCGGGGAUUGUUAAGACAGCGUUGGAUGCUAGACACAAGGAGGAAGAUGUGCCAGGCGCGGUGGAGCCGGAGGUAGCGGCGGAGGGUUUGUGGGAUGUGCUAAGUAAGAAGGGGAUGGAAAGCACAGGGAUGUUCUUCCAUCGAAGUGGAGAGGAGCUGUCAUGGUAG